UGGUGAGUGGUUAUUAAGACUAUUUAGCAGAGUUUAUUGUUUUCUGGAGCAUUUUGGCCGCAAAUUUUGUACUUAGUGUAUUAUAACGAUAAUAAUAUGAGUGAUUCGGAGAGUGGAAACGAAGGUUCAAGCACUGGGAAAAGAAAGAAAUAUGAUCCAAAUUACAAGGAGGAGUGGCAGAAUAUUGCUCAGUUUAAAGGAUGGUUAAUGAAAAGUGAGAAAGGCACAACUUAUGCCAAAUGUAAGGUAUGCAAUAAAGACAUAAAUAUUGCUAGCGGUAAAGAUGCUUUAAUAAAGCACAUUAAAGGAAAAGCGCAUUUAACUAAAUGUAAAAGCAUUUCACGACAGCCAGAUAUAACAUAUUUCACAUCAGAGGCGUCAACAGCAAUUGUAGCAAAGCAAAAAAUGGAACAAUGGGUCAAAGAAGGUGAAAUCCGUUUAAGUGCCUUUAUCGCUGAACACCAUCUCCCAUUCUCCGUAAUGGAUAAGUGAAGGUAGUGGAAAAAGUAUGCAUGGAUUCCGAAAUUGCUAAAACAAUGGCUUGUGGUAGAACCAAGACUACUGCAGUAGUGAAGAGUGUUCUAGGGUAUCACAGUUUUCAAACGCUGCGAGCUCAUCUUCAGAAAAGUAAGUUCU